AGGUAGAUUCUAUCAGAUGGGACUCGGCGUGCAUCCUACAUUAGCUGGUCUGUGUGCAUGGCUCAACAGUGAAAAAGGGACAAGCCAGGGCGGGCUUGGUGCUGUUAGGAGUGACCAAUGAAAUUGUUUGCUGUUUGGCUGUCUGCUUUGCCACUCGCACACAGGGCAGUGAAGGAUGUAGUGAAAGCGCUAAAGAGACGGCUGGGUAAUAAAAACCCUAAAGUCCAGCUUCUAGCGCUUACGGUCCUCGAAACAUGUAUGAAAAACUGUGGCGACAACUUCCAUGCCGAAGUGGCGCGAAAGGAUAUACUCGCGGAUAUGGUAAAAAUUGUGACAAAAAAGGCUGAUAUGGAAGUCCGGGAUAAGGCCCUCAGCCUGCUCGAUGCAUGGCAGGAAGCAUUCGGUGGUCGCGAGGGCAGAUACAACCAGUUCUGGGAGGCAUAUGACACUGUCAAGAGGAAGGGGAUAGAAUUUCCUAAUCGGGAUCCAAGCAAUCCUGGUCCUAUGUUUGCACCAUCUCUCAGUUACAGACUUGCACUAGGUGGGGCUGUGGGAGGAUAUGGUGGGGCUGUGGGAGGAUAUGGUGAUGAUAGGCGGGUUAAUCGUGGGCCUGCUGCACCAGCACCAGCACCAGCACCAGCAAUUGGGGAACCCUCGAAUCCGACCAUGCGGGCAACUGAUAUAAAAACAGCUCGCAACAGUCAAGAGCUCUUGUCGGAUAUGAUCAACUCUCUUGACCCAAAGGAAAGACAGGGCAUUAGGGACGAGUUGAUUCUGGAGCUUGUAGAACAGUGUAAACUCUGGCAGAGGAAGGCUGUCUACUUUGUGGAGCACUGUGGCAGUGGCGAUGAACGGCUUCUUUCUGAAGCCUUGUCCUUAAAUGAUGAUUUGCAGAAAGUGCUGGCUAGGUAUGACGCAAUCGCAACAGGAGUUGGGAAAGAGUCGGCCACUUCGACACGACCGAGCACGGCCCCAUCAGAUGGUGAAGAGGAGGACGACGAGGAGGAUGAUUUCGCAAAGCUGGCGAACAGAAGGGAAAGGCGAAGCAGAUCGAGCUCACAACAGGAGUCGAAGCCAAGCCCUUCAACGGAUAAUGCAGUUGCCAGCAGGCUUGCUCUUCCACCGCCACCUGGCAGUAGUCGUAUGGCUCUGCCACCUCCGCCUCAAGCGGGCAGGCGAUUAGGUGGUCGGGAACAGACUGUGGAUCUCCUGAGUGGCGAUCCACUAUAUGUUAAGCCCCCAUCUGACAAGCCUGACCCCUCAAAGGGUCUUCCAACUUCGCCCACAAGCUUGGCAGCGGGCCCGGACGCUCAUGGUGGUCUUUAUAAGCUCUCGGCACCGUCGCCUAUCACGUUGCAGCCUCAACCGGCAGGUACAAAUCCGUUCCUAGCAUUACCAGCACCUGGCACUGCAGCUGGGAGUCCUGGGUUGGCAGGCGUGCCCUCUCCGCAGCAGCAACAGACCCGGCCAUUUGUAGCGAAUGGCAGUUCUCCAGGAGCCCAAGCUGGCAACCCUAUUGUGGGUUCAAUAAAUGGGGGGAUUAUCCCUGGGCAACAAACCCCUCCACAGCAGAUGCCUAUUCAACAACAAGUUCUGCCGGGUUAUGUCGUGCCGUGGGCGGCACCUGGCUCGGGAGUUUUGAUGAGUCCUACACGUCGUGUGAUGCUCUACGGGAAUGGCAAAUCGGCGGCAGCUGCUCAAGCUCUCCAACCUCAACAGCUUGCGCACCCUAAUAUACCCCAACAGCAGCAGCUGACCCCAUGGACUGCGGCGCAGGGAGUUGCGGCUACGGGACCGAGCGGUCAUGCGCUGAGUCAAGUGCAGCAGACUUUAUUGUAUGGGACCGGUGCAGUGCCACAACUGCAGCAGCACCCAAGCUUUCAUCAGAGGCGCGCAACGUUUGGUGGGACGAUGGGGAUGUCUCCACAGCAGUCGGCCUACCCUGGGAUGAUGGGUAUGGAUGACCAGUAUGACUUGCUUAGUAAAACCCGGAGCCUAGCGCUGUUGGACCGUACAGGACAGGGUGGCGCGCAGCCUCAGGGACAGUCGAUGGGAGGGGCGCCGAUGGUGCCCCAGCAAGCUGUUGUGCAGAACCAGGAGAGCAAGCCAUUCAAUGACCCUUUUGCAAAUUUGGUCAAGCUGUCUAGGAGUAGUAGUCAGACUGGGAAGACCACACAAAGUCAACAUUCAGGGCUGGAAACCAGUGGAGCAGGUGCUUCGGGACCAGGGCUUGGUGUUGGGCUGAAUACAAGUAAGGGUGAGGGGUCUUCUACAGCUGGCAGGACUUGAUGGGUAUGUUGGUAGAUCCUCGAUCUAUCUCCUUGAUUGUGUGAUAGCCCCCUACCCCCCUU